CAUGUGGCCGUGCUCCCUCAGCAGACCACGAGGGCGACAGCAGCGACCAUCGGAACCGUGGUUGACCUGAGGGCCGUUAUAAGGCCACCGCUGGGCCUGCUCUGCUGGUAAUCACAGUCAUACAUCCUGCUUCCGCUGCUUCUUGUGCUACAAACCCGCAGACAGCAUCCUCUCUGCAUUCAGACCCCGCGUCACCACCACCGCCACAGCGUCCAUAUCACAAUGCCACCACGGUUGCAGCAGCUGCGGCAGCUUGAACGCCUUGCAGGGCGUCCUGGAGCCUUCCAGUUUGCACGCCAUGUGCAUCAGAGCACAAAAAAGCAUGCCUCCAUGGCCCCUCAAGCUUCAUUCCCACCAGCACGAGCAGCCUCCAAGAAGUCCGGGCUGGCUCGCAUGCCCACCUCCAGCGUCCUCAGGUCCUAUCUCAUCACAUCCAUGUCCUCGUCGCCACCGCUGUUAGCAGCGUGUUUUGCAGUCCUACGGCGCAUGCUAGACUCCAAGUCUGCGCUGAUGAACGUGGAGCGGAACCCAGUGCUGAACUGGCUGUUGAAGACCACUUUCUACGCCCAAUUCUGCGCUGGGUCGACUAGAAAAGAGGUGCAGGCAAGCACAGCGGCAGCAAAGACGGAUAUGGGGUAUGAUGGUAUAAUACUGGAAUUUGCGUUGGAGGUGCUUGAUGGCGAAGGAGGGCCCGAGACCGCAGACAGCGCGACGACGGCGAAGGAGAUCGAGACGUGGCGGACAGGAAUGCUGGAGUCGGUCUGGAUGGCGGCUCCAGGGGACUUUAUCGGUUUAAAGUGGUCAGGCCUCGGAAAGUACGCCCUCCAGCUCCUCAAAGAACAACGAGACCCCACACCCCUGAUUGAACGCGCCAUAAUCGAAGCCUGUGAUGCCGCGGCUGCAAAGAAAGUCCUGCUGCUCCCAGGCGCCGAAGAGGAGGUAUCCAACGCCGGGAUCGAGAAAUGGACACGAAGCAUGCAGGAGCGCUACAACCGUAAUGGGCCCGGCAACGCCAUCAUGUACACCACAUACCAGUGCUAUCUCAAGUCUGCACAAGCCAAACUCGCGAAAGACCUAGCUGCCGCACAAGAAGGAGGCUACACCCUCGGCGUGAAGCUCGUCCGCGGCGCGUAUCUAAAUUCAGAGCCCCGCCAUCUCAUCUGGGACACAGUAGAGGAGACGCACAAGAACUACGACGCCCUCGCCGCGUGUCUACUCAAACGCCAGUAUGGUCCCGGACUCCAGCCCCUCGAGGGCGCCAGCAGCGACAAGUUCCCGCCAAUCGACCUCGUCCUCGCAACCCACAAUCACGACUCGGUCCGCAAAGCACAAGCAAUCCGCAACGAGCAGGCUGCACGAGGCGAGGAGCGCGUGAAGCUGGCAUACGCGCAGUUGCAGGGCAUGGCGGACGAGAUCAGCUGCGAGCUGGUGCAGGUGGCCGAGCAGGCGGCGGACAAGACCCUCGACGCGCCGCGGGUGUUCAAGUGUAUGACAUGGGGCACGACCGCCGAGUGUCUAAACUUCCUGCUCCGGCGGGCGUCGGAGAAUAAGGACGCUGCGGCGCGGACGGUGGAUACGCGGAAGGCUAUGGCGAAGGAGCUGUGGAGGAGGACGAGGGGGUUGGUGGGGCUGGCUUAGAUGGCAUUUUCAAAGGAUCAAGCGUCGUUGCUGCUUGUGGGUGGGCUAGAUGCAUAGAGUUGUGCUGUGUAGCGUUUUGAUAGAUGCAUUUUUACGGAUAAUGAAGCCCAGAGGUUCUGAUGCCAAUACGAAGAUGUCGCGCCGCUGUCGUGGAAUUCUCCGGGUGUUGCAAUUGGUGCAUGGGG